AUGUCCAUUUUCAACGCGUCCCGUCUCAUAGGAAAAACAGUCCUUGUUACCGGUGCCAGUAGCGGCAUUGGCGCCGCGACGGCCAUCUUAUUCGCCAGAGGUGGCGCAAACGUCAUCCUAGUCGCUCGGCGUGCAGACGCUCUAUCUCGCGUCUCAGACGCCUGUCUCGCCGCCCAUAAGGAAUCUGGUCUUAUUGACGGUGGGAAGUUCGCGACCGUGCAGUUGGAUGUGUCCGAUAGAACACAGGUUGCCGCGUUGUGGAGCAAGGUCCCCCAAGAUCUUCGUGAUGUUGAUAUCCUUGUAAACAAUGCUGGAUUCGUCUUGGGAGUUGAGCACGUUGGAGAGAUCGCCGAUGCAGACAUAGACAGCAUGUUUGCCACCAAUGUCUUCGGCCUUAUUUCUAUGACCCAGCUCUUGGUCAAAGAUUUCAAAGCCAAAAAAUCUGGUCAUGUCAUUAACCUUGGAUCAAUUGCAGGCAUCGAGCCAUACGCAGGAGGCAGCAUCUAUACAGCAACUAAACAUGCCGUCAAUGCCUUCACUGGCUCUUUGAUGCGUGAACUUGUCAACACACCCAUUCGAGUUACGGAAAUUCAGCCAGGCAUGGUCGAGACUGAAUUUUCUAUCAUCCGAUAUCGAGGUGAUACUAGUGCAGCCAAGAAAGUUUAUCAAGGCCUUCAACCCCUCACAGCAGAGGACAUUGCCGAAGAGAUUGUAUGGGUAGCAGCACGCCCACCUCACGUUAAUAUUGCCUCGAUGCUGGUCUUCCCGACCAACCAAGCCAGUGCUGGAAUCAAGUAUUCAGAGCCGAGCAAGUGAGGAUUGUUCCGAAAGCACGACAUGCAAUAAUAUCCACCAAGUGUACAUAGAUAACCCACCCCUUACGUCUAGAUAUAGAAUGCAACUG